UUAUAUUUUAAUGUAUAUAAAAUAUGGAUCUUAGCUGAUAUGAUAUUAAGUAAAAUUUCAUAUAGUUAAGAAAAAUGUCAGCUGAUCAAAUAAUAAUAAAGUAGCAGACAGACAUCACAUGACGACCAAAAUGGCGGAAGAAGAUGAAGUAACAUUCAUGGCAGGCAGCUACGGUAGCUCUUUUCCAAAAGAUUUUGCAUAUGGACCACCUGAUGAAGCCGACGGGGAUACUGGACACUCGAUCCCAGACUCCAAACCCAGAAUACUUCUGAUGGGGUUAAGACGGAGUGGAAAGUCUUCAAUACAGAAAGUGGUGUUCCACAAGAUGUCUCCUAAUGAAACACUUUUCCUGGAGAGCACAAAUAAAAUUGUCAAAGAUGAUAUCAGUAACAGUUCAUUUGUGCAGUUUGAAAUUUGGGAUUUUCCCGGACAGAUUGAUUUCUUUGACCCAACGUUUGAUUCAGAAACAAUAUUUGGUGGCUGUGGGGCCCUAGUAUUUGUCAUCGAUGCUCAGGAUGAUUACAUGGACGCACUUGCCAGACUCCAUAUGACGGUCUCAAGAGCCUUUAAGGUUAACCCGAACAUCAAGUUUGAAGUCUUCAUCCACAAAGUUGACGGGCUAUCAGAUGAUCACAAGAUCGAUACGCAACGCGAUAUUCAUCAACGUGCUAAUGAUGACCUCACUGAUGCGAGCUUACAGAACAUAAACUUAAGUUUUUAUCUGACCAGUAUUUAUGAUCACUCUAUAUUUGAAGCAUUCAGCAAAGUAGUCCAGAAAUUGAUACCUCAGCUACCAACACUUGAAAACCUCUUAAACAUCUUAAUUGCGAACUCUGGUAUAGAAAAGGCAUUUCUGUUUGACGUUGUCAGCAAGAUUUACAUUGCAACGGACAGUUCACCAGUGGAUAUGCAGUCGUAUGAACUCUGCUGUGAUAUGAUUGAUGUAGUAAUUGAUGUGUCUUGCAUUUAUGGGUAUGUCAAAUUAUGGUCAAAUCGAUCUUUCCCCAUUUUAUGCUUGUCUAACAGCUGACAUUACACAUAAAUUAGUAGUUUGAAAUAAAAAUUGUAUUCAGAUAAUCCACUAAAUUAUCAGCAACUGGAUGACAUUGAAAAUAUCGGUGCCCUGUUCACUUCACCACCAUUCAUCUUAUCAAUGAUUUAAUCUGCUUUUUUUUUACAGAAGAAUAUCUGCAUAAUGGGUACUGAAUUAUGCAUAUGCUUCUCUGUAAAAAAAAAGUAUGUACAAAUUGACAGCAGAAACACCAAUGUUUUUUUCUCACACUCGGAGAU